CUUGCCUCACUUCUCGACAGAAAGAUGAAGGUUCCACUGGGCUUCGGUGGGCUAUGGGUUUCUGCCUCUUUGGGGAUGCUCCUUUGCCUGAAGUCCGUGCACUCCAAUCACUUUGCCAGUCAGCUGUACAGCCAGGCCUCGCGGGGUAACCAUCAUCGGAACCUUGUGGUGUCGCCGGCCACCACGAACCUGGCCCUGGGCCUGGUCUUCGUUGGGAUGCAGAGCUGCCCGGAGCUGACCAGCGUGCUGGACACGAUGCGGCCCGGCGAACUGGCCACGGAGAACAUCAAGAUGGUGAAUCGCUUGUACGUGAACCGGAGGGUGCAGCUGAUGCCCGCCUACCAGGAGGCCAUCUCCGACGAGCGACUGGGCCAGCCGGCCAAGACGGUGGACUUCAGCGAGCCGCAGGUCGUGGGCGAGGAGAUCGACUCCUUCGUGCGCAUCUUCACGGACAAGGUGCGGCAGUUCACGCCACCGGGCCUCCUGGACAAAGACACCAAGAUGGCCAUUGCGAAUGCCGCCAACUUCCACGGCCAGUGGGCCAGGCCCAAACAGACCAAGCGCCUGCCCUUCCACCCCUUGGGCGGCGGCCAGCAGCUGGUCGACACCCUCGAGGCAUUCGAGCACCUGCGCUACGGGCGCCUCGACGGCCUGGACGCCCGCGUCCUGGAGCUGCCCUACGAGGGAGAACGCCUCUCGAUGGUCGUCAUAUUGCCCCGCCAGGCCGGACAGGGUCUGGCCAGCCUCAGCAGCCAGUUGCGCGACGUGGACCUCGUGCCGCUCACACAGAAUCUCAGCAAACGGUUCGUCCACGUGCGGAUCCCCAAGUUCUGGGUGGAGACACGCCUCCCCCUGGAGUCCGUGCGGCGGCCCCUGGGCGUGAGGACCAUCUUCCACGCCCCCCUCAUGCACCAGAUGGUCGCGGGUCGCGGCAGAAGCCACAGGAUCAGCACCAUUAUGCACCUGAGCUCCAUCGAGGUGAGCGAAUCGGGCAGCGGGUAUUCGCCGCUGGCGACCGCCAAGCGACUGUACACGGAGCCGCUCCAGUUCUGGGCCAAUCACCCGUUCGUGUUCGCCAUCAAGGACGCGAACCACAUCUACUUCAUGGGCCACGUGCGCCCCAAUAGUUACCGAAAGGCAGGCAUCAGCUCUUUAUUAAACAAGAUACACCGUGUUUUGUUUUUUUUUGCAUCUUUAAUCGUCUCCAAGAUCGCCGCAGUCGCCACAGUCGCCGCAGUCGGCGCAGCAGGCGGAUAGGCCGCCCAGGCAGCCGCAGAGGCAGAGAAUCGGCAGGCAAAUGAUCAGCAUGCAGACUAGGCAGAUGCUCAAGACGAUCACGAAGAUCAUGCCCAUGGCUCCGACGCCGCGUCCGCCAGAUCUCUUCGUGGUCGCACCGGCCACAGUGGCCACAAUCGUGUCGAAAGUAGUACCGGCAGGCGCCAUCUUCUGCGAGAUUUGUUAUAUGCAAAUUUUUUUUUGGAUUUUCAAUAU